CUCCACCACCUCUGCUCAACCUACUCUCACCAGCUGCGCUCACUUCCACAAGUCACGUCGCCACACUGUAGCUCCAGCAACAGAAACCAGCAAGCGACUUCACGGACCAGAUAAAUGGAGAAAACGCAGCUCUCCGCCCAGCCCCAAGAAAAAGGGCUGAGGGAGGGCGGUGCUGGGAGCGGCCUCCGCCCCCUUCCGCUUCUCCCCGCCGAACUACAGCUCCCGCAGCGCCCCGCGCCGUUCCCAUAGCGAUGGGCAGCCGGGCCCGGGCGGACGGCAACGAUGCCCAAGGCCGGCGAUACUCUGUGGGAUAUCGCUAGAGAUGAAGUAGAGAAGAGAGAAAACUCUGGCGACGAUGGCAAGCGUGUGGAAGUUUGGGAAAAAUCAGUGUUGUUCAUGGGAAGCAAAAAUGGGGGGAAGACCACUAUCAUACUGAGGUGUCUUGAGAGGGAAGAGAUUCCAAAGCCAACAUUAGUUUUGGAGUAUACCUUUGGGAGAAGGGCAAGGAGACACAAUGCACCCAAAGAUGUAGCUCAUUUUUGGGAAAUAGGUGGUGGGACCUCAUUACUGGAACUGAUUCGAAUACCAAUCACUGUCAACAAUAUAAGGUCGUUUGCAGUAGUUCUCGUAUUGGAUCUGUCCAAACCUAAUGAACUCUGGAUGACUAUGGAGAAUCUUCUGCAGGCCACUAGAAACCACGUGAAUAAAGUUUUAGCCAAACUGGAAAAGACAGAUCCUGAAGUAGCUGCUGAAAUUAAGCAGAAGAUGCAGAACAAUCUACAGAGGGAUCAUCCAGACUAUGAAUUGGUUGACCCUUUUCCAAUACCCUUGGUGAUUAUUGGAAGCAAAUACGAUAUAUUUCAUGAGUUUGACUCUGAAAUGAGGAAAAUAAUCAGCAGGACACUUCGAUUUGUUUCGCAUUAUUACGGCGCAUCACUGGUGUUUACCAGUAAAUCUGAGGCUCUCCUGCUGAAAGCUCGUGCUCUUAUUAAUCACUUGGCAUUUGGCUACGAUAGAAGCAAGUCCGUAUCAGUGGAUCACAACAAACCACUGUUUAUCCCAGCAGGCCUGGAUUCACUGAGCCAAAUAGGGCCACCACCCACCUCUGACAGCAACAUUGGAAGGAUGCGUGUAAACACACCUUUAGAACUGUGGAAAAAAGUGUUUGAGAAGACAUUUCCUCCCAAGGGUUUCGGUGAUUUACAAGACAGGAAGGACCCUGCACAGGAUUCGCAAUAUGCUGAAUAUGAAGUUGAUGUCAUGAGAACUCAGAAAAACCAGGAACUUGAACAAUACAAAAGAAAUGCCUCCAAAUCCUGGAAAGAAAUGGAUUUUGAUCCCGAUUGAUGAGCUGCUGGAGGUGUCCUAAGUUGCACAUUUGUGGAUUCACAUUGCAGGAUUUGACUAUGAUGGUGGCAUCAGUCAGUCCCAUCUGUUUUAUAAUUUGUAACAGAUUACUCAUUGUUUGGGGUUUUUUUUUUUAAUGGUACUACCCCAAUCAUGUGUGUAAAUACACACAAGUUUUCACACCCAGAGUAUGAACUGCAUGGUGAAGUACACCAGGCAUCUUCAAAACCAAAGCUUCAGAAUGUAUUUGCAUAAUUUGAACUAUUUGAAUAGCUCCAGAAAAAUGUGAAGAACAAAAUAGAAUUUAAAACAAUUUUGACCUGACCUAAAAUUUAGAAAUCAUCUUUAUCUCAUUUUCAGUAUCAUAAAGUUUGAUUCUUCCUCUGCUGCGUUUCAAUGCCUUGGCACAGAAUUUGAAACAAGACAGUUCUGUCAAAUAUUCCAGUGCUUGAAGUCAUUCUGAUAAAUGUGAGAAAUAUUUGGUUAGUGGUGAAAGUUUAAUGAAUUCUCAUUCAACCUAAGCAAGAGAAAAGCAGACCUAAAUAUACACGACUUUUUGUACAUGGACUUCUUCCCUGCAGUCAGCUGGGCUGAGUCUUCUGAGAAUAAGCAAGACAAGAUCUGCACUGAAGCCGGAGCUGGCUCUUGGGAGCUAACACUUGUCAGAGAGUAAUUGCCUGAACAGGCACUUGGCAGACCAGAAUGCAAGAAUAUUCCCUGAUGAACAGCUCUCUAUGUAGGCAUAAAAAUGGCAAAGACAAACUAAAUCUAAACUAAUGCUUUUAGAUAUAUUUUUUCAUGUAUUUGUUUAGUGAAUUUUUUUGUUCAUGUAGCUUUUAUAUCUGAGAAUAUCAUACAUAAAGAUGGUUAGAAGAAAAUCUUGGCCUAACAGUUAAGUGAAAAGCUUGCAUUAACUUGGGGAUCCCAUACUUGUUGUUAAAAUGUGUGUUAUCUUAAUACUGUAAAAUUAAACUAAUUAUUUUACCAUGGAAUUUUAAGGUACAAGUGUACUCAACUCUGCAAUAAAAAAUAUGUUCACUGAAUAUGAAACAAAGCUUAUGAAUUUUGCAUCUAGUGGGCUUCCAGUUUUGAGUUACUUGCUUCUAUUUACUAACUGGAUAAAUUAACCCCCUUUGAUGUGUUAGUGAGCCCAUGAGAAUGAUUUCCAGAGAAAGAUGCAAAUCAAAUCUCUUUCAAGAAAAGAUACACAUACUUUUAUGUAUGUUGUUCUCUAGUUGAACUGAUACUUUAUUAAUAAACAAUUUCUUUUCCCCCUAGUAACUCACAGGCUGCUUCCAAAACAAGAUUUAGAAGUGAAUACCAUGAUGAAAGAGCAAAUAUAAAUAACUUCAAACUGGAAUUGCUUACAAAACAAAAACGUUUGGUAACUUUUACGUUGCUCAAAGAUCUUGUACUCACGGAUGCUGUGGUUGGGUAGGAUGCAUAAGAAUAAAGUGAUUUCUUGAUUGUGUUUUUUA